GUCUGUACGGAAUCAUAACAGGUAACAUUAAAACAAUAAAAAUGGCACCGGAAAAGGAACUAAAAGAGUCAGAAGAUGUAAUGGAAUCAAUAGAUGAAUUAAAAGAGCGAUUAUCUUCUAUGAAACGAAUGAUGGAAGAAAGGAAAGCAGCUGGUUCUGGAACAAAAGAGCUUUUCCAGGGUCACGCGCCAAGUUUAGAAGGAACUAACAUGAUAGAUGGCGGUUUCCUAAGUUUUGUGUUUGGUGGAUCUCUUGUGGUGAUUCUUAGCGUGUCGUUUUAUGCCUUUUAUAACCUUUACCAUGCAGUUUUAAAGAAAUUCCCAUCGCCGCAUACGGAAUUGUAAAUAUUAAUAAAGCAUUU